AUGGCCAACCAAUGCUCCGGUCAUGUUUUUGCCAUUGUCCAGGCUACCAAUGGGAAUAUUCUCACCUGGCGCUGUUCGGACUGCAAUUCGGGUCCCUUUGUGGCAAUCUGGCGCUGCAAGAUCUCAUCGUACACCUUCCUCAUCCCAUUUUGGAUCCACACGGCAUUUCUGGUUCUAAACGGCCUCGUUGCAGCCUUGCAGGGACCCCUGCAUUUGGCACUUGCAGUCUGCUUCUGGUCACCUUCUCCAUCCAUCUCCACCCCUGGGAAACUCUUUGGACACUUCACAUUUGGCUUCCCAGCCUAUGAACGACCUUAA